AACAAGCUGCAGCAGCCAGGAGGAACAAAGAGGGAAAGCCGCCCCGCUCCGCCGCUUGUCGCGUUCCCCCCCUCAAAACGGACUGCGUUCAGCCAUUUUCACCCCAGUUUUUUUAACACUUUCCCCGACGUCCUGCGUGUUCGCACUGAGCGCUCGCCUUCUCCGAGGAGAGACGAAGUCGUGUGGAGGGGGUUUCUCUCUCUCCUGCCUCGGGUCGCCUCUUUUCUCGGAGGCUCGCCUUGGAUGCGUUCGUCGGAAAGCUGCCUAUGGAUUGUGCUCCCCCGAGGCUGAAGACUGCGUGUUGCUAGCAGCAACUUUCCACACUGGUCACGCAGCAUCUCCGUGCGCCCAUGAGGUAACGUCCGGACCUACCGGCCCCUCAUCACCACCCUUCGUCCAUCCUCUUCCCUCCCCCUCUGUCCCCUCCUCCCUAGGCUCCCCCAAGCCAUGGGCCAGAAGAUCUCAGGCAGCAUCAAGUCAGUGGAUGUACGUGGGGAGCCCUCAUAUCGCCCGGUGCGUCGCGAACUCCGGGGCCCGGAUUUCUGUCGGCCCCCCAGACUAGAUUUGCUGCUUGACAUGCCGGCGGCCGCCCCCGAGACGCAGCUCCGCCACUCCUGGAACCCCGACGACCGAUCCCUCAACGUCUUCGUCAAGGAGGACGACAAGCUGACGUUUCACAGGCACCCCGUGGCUCAGAGCACAGACUGCAUUCGAGGCAAGGUGGGCUACACCAGGGGCCUUCACGUGUGGAGGAUUCACUGGCCUGCCAGACAGAGGGGCACUCAUGCUGUGGUAGGGGUGGCUACCGCUGAAGCGCCUCUACACUCGGUUGGCUACACGGCCCUCGUGGGCGCGGACUCCGAGUCCUGGGGUUGGGACCUUGGGCGGAACAGACUGUACCACGAUGGAAAGAACCGGCCCGGGAACUCUUCGGCGCCCACGUACCCCAGCUUCCUGGAGCCAGACGAGUCAUUUGUGCUCCCAGACUGCCUGACCGUAAUACUGGACAUGGACGACGGGACGCUGAGCUUUAUGGUGGAUGGACAGUAUCUGGGAGUGGCCUUCAGGGGGCUGAAGGGAAAGAGACUGUAUCCCAUCGUCAGUGCGGUCUGGGGCCACUGUGAGGUGUCGAUCCGCUACGUUAACGGACUAGAUCCGGAGCCCCUCCCCCUCAUGGAUCUGUGCAGACGGGUAGCUCGGCUCGCUCUGGGUCGGGAACGCAUCCAUCACAUCGAGACGCUUCCACUGCCGCAGACCCUGAAAAACUACCUCCAGUACCAGUGACCGCUCUCCUUCACACGCAGAGAUCCAGCCCGGUGGGGGGGGGGGGGGACGGCUGAGGCCCACUUGUUGCCUCCCAACUGGACUUCAGAAAUCUGCUGAUGUAACACAGCGACGUUGACCAUAAACAGGCGGUUAGUGGUGCAGUACGCACAAGAUUGUUUACACCUUUUUAGGAAGGUUUUAGUUUGGAUGUUAUCUCUUGGUUUUAAGCAUUUUUUUUUUUUUAGUGGUUAUAUUCUCUGCCUUCUUUGCCUCAGACAUCAUUAAAGGAGCUGGUGAGAGGAUUUAAUUAGCAUCAUGUUGAAGAAAGGACAGAUUGUCCUGUAGAGUCAAACCACAUGUCCAGCCACAGUUGGAACGGCCUUAGCACUGUGGCUCGCACCAACAGUCUUCCCUGCACAGACUCUGCUGAGGAAGCUUCCUCUCAGACAUGUUGGUAUUUAUAUUUAUGUUCCCAACAACACAGCGGGCUCCUGCGGAGACGCAACGGUCCCUGCAAGCCGCAGCGGAGAGCGCGUCCUCACACACUGUUCUAUUUUUUGCUAGUGCGCGCACACACAGAUCACAUAUCUACACAGACGGCGUACGGAAACGCAGCCUGCGCCGUCCGUAGCAAGGAACCCAACGGUGCAGAGAGCUGCACCUCCACGCCGGUUCCAAUGUCUGAAAACCGCUCUCCCUCCUGUCGGCCCAUCUCUUUCAACGCGUCUCCAUCAACUUCCUCCAGGUGGAGAUUUCUUCUGUCAGGUUUAUUGAACUGGAAGGGCUGCCGACGGAGUUAUCGCGCUCACAGGAAGAAGAUGAAGCUGCGUCUUUUGACUGCUAAUGUGCCUGCUCCGCUGCAGCAAGCAUUCAGCUAAAAAAGCACACUACAUUCUGUCACAGCGGGACGGUUUUCUGCCACAAAGUUGGAAAUGCUGCUUUUUUUUUUUUUUUUUUUUUUAACCCAUAUGUUUCAUCAACUUGCUGUUAGUUUUUAUCUCUGAUUUACAAUUAAAACAUUUUUUUAAUGAAUUUUGAAAUAUGUCUGUGGGACAUAUCUCGCAUGCAUAGGUUUGAAGAAUGUUCUGCCAUGAAAAUCUUUUUAAAUGUGAAUAAAAAUGAACUGCUAAACAAA